AUGUAUCAGUUGUUUACAUAUUGCCCCCCCGGGCGUUGGGGCGGUGCACAUUGGUGCGGGGGCAUCGUCUUUGACACGAGCUCAUUCAACGAAGACAUCACCGGGUGGGAUACCUCCAAGGUCACGAGAAUGGAGUCCAUGUUCAAUGGUGCCGCCGCGUUCAAUCAACCCAUCGGCUCGUGGAAUACGUCACAGGUCACGGACAUGGAGUGGAUGUUCUCUGGCGCCGCCUCGUUCAACCAACCCAUCGGCUCGUGGGAUACCUCGCAGGUCGGGGACAUGGGUGGCAUGUUCAAUGGUGCCGCCGCGUUCAAUCAACCCAUCGACUCAUGGGAUACCUCGCAGGUCUCGAAAAUGUCUUGGAUGUUCAAUGGUGCCGCCGCGUUCAAUCAAGCCAUCGGCUCGUGGAAUACCUCACAGGUCACGGACAUGGAUGGCAUGUUCAGUGGUGCCGCCGCGUUCAAUCAACCCAUCGGCUCGUGGGAUACCUCGCAGGUCACGAGAAUGGAGUACAUGUUCCGAAACACCGACGCGUUCAAUCAACCCAUCGGCUCGUGGGAUACCUCCAAGGUCACAGAUAUGGGUUCCAUGUUCUUGAACGCCACCGCGUUCAAUCAAGCCAUCGGCUCGUGGGAUACCUCGCAGGUCACGGACUUGGAGUCCAUGUUCGAUGGCGCCACCGCCUGGCAAGCGAGGUACGCAAAUUGCGGCUACCGAUUUGAUCCCCCGGUCGUCAGUAACACCGCGUGCUGUAGCUCGGGGGCACAAGGUGGAACUCCCGAAUGUACAGGCUCCGGUUCUGAAAUCGACUGCGAGGACGGCGCGGGGGGGGCCUGCGACAACGACGCAUGCUGGGCCAAUCCGUGUGGCGCGUGCUCCUUUGAUUGCCCCCACCGCAGUACCCACAGUACCCACACCGCCUGCAGCGAGUUCACGUCGUACACGAGCUCGGCAUGCUCAUAUGAUGGUCCACCCACCGCUUGGGUUCGCAAAGACAACGCGUGUGACGCCGCCGUGCCUCCUGCAAACGGCGCCGCAGGCACCUGCUCGGACACCCUUGUGAGCGGAUCGUCGUGUCAGCCCACGUGCGACGCGGGAUACACAGUCUCGGGGACGUCGUCGUGUUUGGAUCGGGUGCUGACGAGCGCAGCGUGCUCCCCAGCCCCGUGCGAUGCAUCUUCGCCGCCGGCAAACGGCGCCGUCGGCGAUUGCACCAGCUCCUUGGCCAGUGGCUCGUCGUGCCAGCCGGAAUGCGACGAGGGAUAUUAUGCCACCGGUUCGAGUAGUUGUUCCUUGGGAACGCUCACCGCGGCGGCGUGCAACACAAACCCCAGUCCGCCGCCGCCACCGCCGCCACCGCCGCCUUUUCCAUCGCCAUCAUCUUCACCACCGCCUCCACCUCCUCCGAAGUCCGUCAAUGACGAGGACGACCACGCCACGGGACUCACGGGCAUCCUCGUAGCUCUGGUGGCGACGAUUUUCAACAUGUUGUAAAUAAAAUAUUCUACUUUUUCCG